AAAAACGAAAGAAAGAAACAGGAAAAGAAUCAAAAAUCAAAGAAGAAGAUAAAAUGUCUACAGGUAACGUGUGUAAUAAUACAGAUAUAUAAUCUGGCAUCAUAAUUAAAUGCUAGACUGAACACCUUUGUCAAUAUUAACCAACGUCGUCUUCGUCUUCGUCUGUAUACCGUGUAAAUUAUUAUACACACUCCGUAUAAAAAUUGUGUAUAUUUGUAUACGCAUACUGUACGUAUAUACGAAUGGUAUCACACAGCCUGACCAGCGUUGGUCGCGUCGAUUUUAUGCUAUAUGUUAGUUUCGAUCGUCCUCGAUCGCGGCGACCUUCGAUCUCUGCCUGUCCUCCCCCCUCCACUCGCCGCCCCCGACUCGGCGCCGAGUUCUUAUUUGAAUAAAUGUAGCGCGAAUUUAAUCCGCGAAUGAUCGUCCGAUGUGUGGAAUUUAAUCGGAUGAUACAUUUUUUAUUCUCCUUCGACAACGAAACGCUGUUCACGUCGUACUUGAAACAGUCGAGGUCGCACGCGUGUAACGAUAAAUAAUCAAAACGUUUCAAACGUUUCUGAAACAGUUGAAAUGGUUCGGAAACGGCUGAACUUGUUCGAAAACAGUUAGACGGGUUCAGGACCAGUCGGGACGGGUCACAAACGGGUCAAUCGGUUCAGGGACGGUUGAAUCGGCUCGGAGUCAGUUGAAGCUAGUCGGAAUCAUUCGAAACGGUUCAGAAUCAGUCGAAGUGUAAUCGGAAAGAUUUGAAGCUAGUCAGAAACGGUUGAAAAGGUUCGGGAACAGUUGACAAAGCGAAUCGCUUGGACGUUUGAAUCGACUGAAACACUCCAAACAGUUCAAACAGUGAAGUGAUCGAAGGUGUUGUGAGGUUUAAAAAGUAUCAAAAAGUUCAAGCGUACGAAAGAGAGUUGGAAGGGUGAAGGAUAAUUGGCAGAAUGGAAACGAUGGAAGUCUGAAAGAACGACGUCCCGGUUGCCUGAAUAAAAAAAAAAGACUGUCGCCGAGGCUGCAAAAGUGGUUUGCGAUCCUACGGCGGUGCUGUUGCUGUUGCUGCCGCACGAAGCGGGAGAUACGCGUUGACUGGAACGACAACGGAACGGAGCGUUCGACGAGGCAACCUGCUCUCUCUCCUCUCUCUCUCUCUCUCUCUAUCUCUCUAUCUCUCUAUCUAUCCAUCUCUCUUGCUCAGUCUGGGUGCAAAAACGCCGUUUGUGGCGUGGGGGUUACGGGGCGAAGGGAGGGGGGGGGGGAUAAGGACCCCCCACCCAGGAUGUCUCCUACCACGUACAAACACGCCGACGAAUGUUGUACUUUGACGUACGUUGGCGACAAUCAGAGAAAGACGUCAGGAUGAAGUCUGAUCCCCCCGCGGAGCGGUUGGAGAAUUUUUUAAAUCACCAACGCUGCAAGAAUUAUUUUUACCACAAUCGUCGCGAUCUGCAUCAGCAGCAGGAUCAGUAGCAGAGUGCAAAAAAAAAAACGAUAAUAAAAAUUAAAAAGAAGAAAAAAAACAAAAAGAUCGUUAAUCUAUGAAACAUAUGACUUUGACAGUGAGAAUGGGAAAUCGAUCCAAUCGAACCUGCUGUGUGAUUUAAAAAGUGGAAAAAAAAAUCAAAAUAAAACGUAAUCACAGAUCAUUAAACUUCGAGGGUGAAAAGCGUCCUCGUUAAGGACAGAAUCAAAACGCGUAGUGAACGAAGUACAGUCGAGUAAAGAUAAGUCUGUGAAUUAUUUUUUCGUGAUAUAAAUAGAAAAAAAAAAAAAAACGAAAAAAUCUUAGAAAAUGGAUCACAAUGACGACAUUUUAUCAUCCGGUCAAAUGGAUUCCAGUGCCUCGUCGUCAAACGCGGCGCUCAAUCCAAGAACACCGCCGAAUUGUGCCCGUUGUAGGAAUCAUAGACUAAAAAUAGCCCUCAAGGGUCACAAGAGAUACUGUAAAUAUCGUAGCUGUAACUGCGAGAAGUGUAGAUUAACCGCGGAACGGCAACGCGUCAUGGCGCUGCAAACCGCGCUGAGAAGAGCUCAGGCCCAGGACGAGGCCAGGGUCAGAGGGCCCGAAGAACAGGUGGACCCUCGUUCGGUGGUCGUUGACGUCGCCGAUCGUUUGAUAUCGGUGCCCCAACCCGAGAGGUCGAGUUUGGAGGGUAGCUGCGACAGCAGCAGCGGGGGAUCCCCGGUGAGCAAUCACGACAGCAACGGAGGGCACAGCGUAAUCGGGGGAUCGGUUGUUACGAUACCACCCUCGCAAAAAUUACCCGCGAUUUACCCCCACGGCACCCCCCCGUCGUAUUUACCGCAGCGGCGAAACGGUGAAAACGUCGAGGUUCUAUUAGAGUACAGUACCAAACUCCUAGAGCGUUUCCGGUAUCCCUGGGAAAUGCUUCCCCUAAUGUUCGUUAUAUUGAAAGAUGCGAGAGCCGACCUUGAGGAGGCUUCCCGACGCAUAACGGAAGCCAAUGCCGAAAUCCGGACCCUGGCCUUCUGGGAGGCGGCUCGAUUCAUCCACGGUGGUGGUUACUACUACAAUUGCUACGGUACCCCGACCGGUACGGCAGCCAGUGGCCCGACCUAUCUCCCUCAGGCACCCUACAUUGGACCACCACCCCCCACGGCUCACCUUGGUCUCCAGCAUCCCCUCUACGCCCACGUCGUCAACAGGGUACCAUCGAGUCCGGACAGCCCCCCUGAACGCCCGGCCACGUAGCCCCGUUUCGCCAAGGAUGAUCGCGAGACGCUGCACGAGAAACUGGACAAAAGACGGCGGUCUGAAAACGUAGGUAUAUAAUAUGCGCAUAGACGAUAAGAAGAAAAUGAAGCUGGACGAAGAGAAACAAAAAAAGAAUACAAAAAUAACAAAAAACGAUAAUUAAACACCACCCCGAUUCCCGACCGCAGAGAACAGAAAUAAACGAAUCAAUUACACGAAAAAAAAAAAAAAAACAGUAUAGAAAUAAAUAAAUAAACAACUAAAAGUAUACCUAUAUAUCCACAUUAGAAUACAAUAAAUCUUAUAUCCUGUUAGUUUCGACGGUGGAGAGAAUGUGAUUAUUUUUUGCUUUGUUGUUUUCUCUAUUCUUUCUUUUUCUUCUCGUUCUAUGGUUUUUCUUUUUUUUGUUUUUUCUUUCCCAAAUUUCCCAAAUAUAUAUAUGUGUAUAUAUGUAUGUAUGUAUGCAUGUAUGUAUAUAUAUAUGUGUGUAUGCCGGAACACACACCCACACGUGCAUAUAUACAUAUGUGACAGAAGGAAAAAAAAAAAAAACUAUUUACAUGUACCUUGUACGAGCGCGGACGUUGAUUUUGAUAUGUAGUAAUAUCGACUCGAACUGUACAGCGCGUGAUGAAUAUGUUGUACAGAUUUUAAUCACCUUACGCCGCAUAUAACGAUAUGAAUAACGACAAACAAAAAAAAAAAAACAACAAUAACAAUAUUAAUAAUAGUAAUAAUAAUUAAAUAACAAUAAUUCCGAUAAUAUUAAUAUUAACAAUGUUCAUGCUAACAAAGAAAAUGAUACUGACAACACCCACAACAACAGCAAUGAUAUGGAUAAUAAUAAUAACAAUAAUAUUAAUGAUAGUAGCAAUAACGAUAGUUUUUCAUCGUACAUCCAGCUGCAGCUAUUAAACUAUUUCUAUACUGUCAUUACUACGGUCAGCUUCUUCAAUUCGUUUGUUCUCGACUUCAAAAAUCUACGUGAAAGCAAAUAAUGUAGGGAAAACACAAAAAUAAAAUCAUCAACGUUAACGAUGGUAAUAAUAACGGCAUUAAUAAUGUUGAGCGUAUAAUAACGGGAUAGAUUUCAUAUUCAUAUGAUUUUAAAAGUUAUUUUCUAACGAGAUAAGACGAAUUUUAAAUUUCUGUACGUAUUGGCUUGACAGGAUAGAGAAAGAAACAGAGAAUAAUAGUAAUGAUAACGAUAAUGAUAAAAAAACAACAACAAAAAUAAGAUCAAUUAAAAGCAAACCGGAAAAAAGAAAUUUUUCGCAAAAAUCCUUGCACAUCGCGGAAAGAAUUUGUUUCAAUUCUUACGCUUCACUGUUAAUAUUAAUGCGAAAAUGCGAGAAAAAGAAAGAAAUAGAGGAGGAAGAAAUCGAAAUCAAAAUGAGUGAUAAAAAAUGAUGGUUCAAUUUCUCCGUCGCGGCGCGUAUGUCAACGCUUAUUUAUACAUACACAAUAUCCAUACGUACGCUGUGUACACAUUAUUAAUUUACCCCUACUUGUAGGAGCAAAAAAAGGGGGUGGGAGGGGGGGGGGCGAAAGUUUCUAAUAGAAAAAGAAAGAAUGAAAGAAAUCAAGGAAAUAUAUCGCGGGAAAAAGAGCGACGAUAGUAAGAAAAAAAAAAAAAAAAAACCCACGAAGUUGAAAGAAUGAGCAAAGAUUUAAAUAAA